GGCUACCAUAGAAUAAACCAGGCCUAUAAAUUCGAACCGGCCGGGCGGACAUGGUAGUAACGACGAACCAGCAAGACAGCUAGAUCACGAGAAAGAAACCUGUAGCGCCGAGCUAGGCGAAGGUCGGUCGAGAGAGAUGCAGGGCGGGGUGAGCGCGGCGGGCGCGGCCAAGGAGGCGGGGGCGAACCUGGGCGCGUCGGCGUGGGCGGGCAAGGAGAAGGGCAUGGCCGUGGUGCAGGAGACGGUGGAGAAGGCCAAGGCGCACGACGACCCGGCGGCGCAGGCGGAGGCGGAGGCCAGGAAGGAGGAGCGGCUCCUCGAGGUGGAGGCCGCCAAGCAGGACGCCUACCGCCGCAACGCCGCCGUCGCCAAGGACGGCCGCGCCGCCGCCGUCGUCAAGGAUGAGAAGGAGGCGGCCGCCGACGACGAGGCUGAGGCCGUCUCCGCCUGACGACUCCUUCGGAAACCACCUCCUCCAGUAUUUUCGUUUGUUCGAUCGACUGUACGUAUUGUAUUGUAUUGUUUGGAGUGCUGCGUGCAUUUGGAAUUAUUCUUGUGGGAAGAGCUGUUAUUAUUGGAGAUGAUGAGAUGGGAACA